AUGGAUACCAAUUUUGCCUUGAAGUUUUGCCCAAAAGGCCACAUACACCUGGCCUUGACUCUGUCGUUGCUAACCAUCGCCUGCGCGACGUUCUACGGUCUGUCAUUCCGCCGGAAGCAACGCAGCCCGCUCCCACCAGGCCCUAAGCCUCUCCCAAUCAUCGGAAACAUUCACUCCAUGUUUCGCAAGUCACCCAUGGAUUGCCUCCAAGCCUGGCACAAGCAAUUCGGGCCCGUCAUUGCCGUCCGGUACGGCCAGCGCCGGGUCGUCAGUGUCAGCUCCUACCGAGUCGCUCAGGAGUUGAUGAAUAAGAAGAGCAUGAUAUACAGCUCCAGGCCGCGAUUCAUCAUGGCGUCGGAACGCAUGACGGGCAGCUUGAAUAUGGCAAUCAUUCCGUACAACAAACGAUGGCAAAACUACAAUCACAUAGCCGGGUCACUACUAGACGCCGGCGCCGUGAGACGCUAUGCGCCACUGCUAAACCUAGAAAGCACGUAUUGCCUGCGUGAGAUGAAACACUCGGACGACUUCUCAAAGAGCCUGGCGCGGUUCAGUGCCAGUAUGCUCCUCACGCUGGGAUACGGGAUACACUUGCCUCGGAGUGACUGCGUUGAACCCGACGAACUCGAAAGGAUCAAUGACCUUCCCUUCCAAGCCUUGGGCCAAAGUCAUUCUCUGCUGAUCGAACUGUUUCCUGUCCUCGACUACAUUCCAUACGCCGUGGCUCCGUGGAAAUGGACGGCAGAAAGAACAAAGAAUGAAACCACCGCCCUACAUAUGAAGCAUCUUGCUACCGGCCUGUCAACCUCUACGUGGAACUGGUCCCAUGAAGUCAAAUCGCUCAAGGUCGGACAGUUGUUGUCUGACGAAGAGCUUGCCUAUUGCAUCGGGACGAUUGAGCAAGCGGGGUUUGGAGCAAUUCUGACCGUCGCGCGCCUGCUCGUCAAGGCAAUUGUACUGCACCCCGAGUACGCGAAGCGAGCACAGGAUGAACUGGACCGAGUCGUGGGGCAGGAUCGACUCCCCUGCAUGGAGGACCAAGAGCGCUUGCCCUGGCUCGAUGCCAUGAUCAACGAAGCGAUGCGAUGGCAGCCUCCCACGCCCUUUGCCAUCCCGCACGCCAACACCAAGGACGACGUGUACAAAGGCUAUGUGAUCCCCAAAGACACCAUGGUCAUCCCCAAUCUAUGGGUCAUGGCAUUCGACGCAGAGGAUUUUCCCGAUCCAUACACGUAUAGACCGGAGCGGUGGCUUAGAGGCGAACCUGUUCAGCACAGCUCGUUUGGCUUUGGGAGACGCAUCUGCCCUGGAAGACACCUCGGAUAUACCAGCGUGUUCCUCGUCAUUUCUCGCUUGCUGUGGGCGUACAACAUCUCGCAUGCGUACAGAGAUGGGAAGAAGGUGGAGAUCGACCCCUGGGAUCUCAACUUUACCUUCACGGCGGCGUCAAACCCGUUCAAGGCGUCGUUUCAGGUGCGGAGCCCAAAGCACAGCCAGCUGAUUGAGACGGCCUGGGAGAAUUCGGAACGUGAUGUUGGGAAGAUUCUCGAGGGCAUCAAGCCGAGGCGUGGAUGA